AUGAUGACGAGGAGUACUUUAUCUAAGGAGAAUUCCCGAAUGGAUAUGCGCUGGUCUCUCGGCCGUUCGGCGGUAUUGUCCACGUCGACUUCUGGGUGUUUGGCUUCGACGUCAAGUUUGGUGCUCCUUCUCGGGCUCCGCCGCCGGUUAUGCUGGAUCGCUUCUGGGCGGUGGUCAUCAAGUCGUCCGGGUCAAGCUCGUCGUCGCUGCUGGCGGCUGCUGCCAGCGACGACAGUCCGCAGGACACGGCCGCCAUCAUUCUCACCUGCGAGUCGGGCCUCGAGCCGCCGCCGGGGACGACUACAAAGGACAAGGACCAAAGCACCUCCAAGUAGUUCGUAA